UGCAAAAAUAUUAGAUCAUCUUAUAAAUUUGGCCUCAUAGGUUUUACUUUCUAAAGAGUCUAGUCGAGCAUAUUUGCAAUAUGGCGGAAGCACCACACAACAUGCUGUUAUCUUCAGGUUAUGACGAGGAGUUUGUCAAUGAAGUUGAGGGAGAUUUGAUUUGUUUCAUCUGUAAAUUUACGUUGAGGGAACCUGUUCAAACAAGGUGCGGUCACAGAUUCUGUAAUGCAUGCCUCGAGGAACUUUUGAGAAGGUACGUCUUACAGACCGGCUUCAAGAAAACAGAUCGGAUCAACCCGAUCCAGGUUUUUAAAGCCUCUUUUACUGACUCAAUACUAUUGAAAUAGUAUUCAGCCCAAUAGUAUUAAAUAAUAACUUUCAUUCGAAAAUUUGCCACAUUAGAGUGGAGUACGAACUGUAGCGCCGUGCCUCAAUAAAAACCUUGAUAGUUUUGAGUAACGAAAAGUUAAACGUCAGUUACUGAGGCAGACGACAGUCACCUCGCCUUUCAACCUUGUUUUUCUAAUGGAGGAAAAAUUAAGCUGAAAAAUCUAUACCGAUACGUUCUUGCUCUUUAGCACAGGCAGACCAACCCUGUUCGUAUGGCUGUUGUCAAUAUUAGACUUAUUAAAUCUGAGGAUCGAUCUGUAUUUUGUACAUGAACGGAAGGAAUACAGAUGAACAUUACAGCCUUUUCAGUUUGGUCCAAAGUAGAAAUUUAAACGUAAGUGUUUCAGUAAAAAUUCAAAUGAAGUGCUAGCGAGUCAAAAGGUAGGCACUGCGAAUCUCCAAAUUUCGGUUUUGCGGCCAUUUUUGCAUCGAAAAUAUGCCGUUUUUCGGUUUCAUCUCUUGCGGUUUGCGGUUUUCCUUUUUCUUAGCAUUUGGUUUUCGGCUUUCAACCAACAUCAAAAAAAUAAAUAAUAAAUAAAUAAAUAACUCGGUAUUCUCCCUUGUUAAAGUGCAAAGAAAAUUCUCGAAAAAGAGGAAGUUUUUUUCUUUUUCUAUCGUUAGAGGUUUCAAACAAUAUAGAGUGUUUUCACAUGACGUCACUGCGGCCAUCUUGAUGUCCCAAAACACUGAAACGGUGGCCAUGUUGUUGUCCCAAACCAAUCCUUUAGGAGUUAAACUCUUUUCUUAUGCAAACCAUUUCUUUUGUUACAAUAAAUUUGCACGGAUGCUGGCCGCGUGAGUGAAAACGCUCUAUUUUUUUGUGGUGUUUGGAAAUAUUGAUGUGGCCAUAUUGUAGUGUUUGGCCAUAUUGAUGUCCCAAAACAAUGAAACGGUGGCCAUGUUGUUGUCCCAAACCAAUCCUUUAGGAGUUAAACUCUUUUCUUAUGCAAACCAUUUCUUUUGUUACAAUAAAUUUGCAUAGAUGCUGGCCACGUGUGUGAAAACACUCUAUUUUUUGUGGUGUUUGGCGACUUUCUGUCUAUCUUUUUCUUUUUUGGUCCUCUUCAUCUUCCUUUUUUUGCUGCCUUUCGCUUUCUAACAGGCUCCACUGGCUUCCACAGUCAUGUCUCAUGUUUUUCGUCGUACCGAGCUGUUCAUUUUGUGAGAUAUAUUUUUGACUGACGGCGAGAGAGUAAAGAAAGAGAAUUGCUGGUUUGCACGUGACGUCACGGCGGCCAUGUUGGUGGUCAAGAACAAAAGCAUUUCUCUCCUCUGGGAACUAAACUCAAUUUUCAUGUAAAUUCUUCGAGGAAAUAUUCUUUUGUUUUGACCCCCAACAUGGCCGCCUUGUCACGUGGUUGCAAACCAAGAAUAAGGCAGGCAGUUUUCCAGCCGGUGUCCCUGACCUCCUCUUGUUUAAUCAAGCUUGAAACUUUCAAUUUCUUAGCUAAAAAAACACCAGUGUCUGAUCGGCUUGAUUUGUCUCCAUAUCUUCGCCUAAGUAGACACAUGUUUCUAGAACCUUACGCGUAAUUUACGAUUACUUUAAAUAUACUUUUUAAAAAUUCCUUUUUUGAUGUGAUUAGUUUUAAACAUGUGAGCAGUAAUGCAAACUGGAACACUUAAUGAAUCGUUUUGGUGAAAUAUCUUCACAAACAACUUAAAAGUACCAACCAAUAAUAAAAAUAAGAAAUGAUGACUUACUUCCUUUUUGAGCACUUACUGCUCAAACAUGCUCAUAACGAUAGAUAAUGGCCUGGGGCGUAAGCAAACUGCAGGUCGCUACCUCAAGAAACAUUUGUCGCCAGGAGCAACGCCACCUUCUUGGAGAGCAUGAGACGUAGCCGAGGCAAGAGCAACAAAGACGUUACAUCAUCUAAAAAGCUCAUGUACAAGUAGCUCAUUUUGAGAAAGUUAAUGCCGUCUGAACGAAAAUUUAAACCACACACUGUGCACGUUUGUAAUCAGAAGAAUUGUUUAAAGACACUUUAGCACAUUUUUACACAAUCCAAGGCUUUCAUAAUAUCAGGUUUCGCAUAAGGGCUUUAAUGACCGCAAUUAAUUUAUUUACUCAUUUAUUAAUUAUAAAUACUUUUUUUAUUAUAAUUGCUUCUUUCACUGCAACAAACAGUCAACAAGUUAAGAACCAGCCAAACACUUGCCCUGUAGAUAGAAAAGGCUUGGACCAAGGCAAGGUAAAUCAUUCAGUUUCAUUUAUCUAUUCGUCCUUUUGUCGAUUAUUUCAACCCUUUUCAGACCACGGCGGGGUGAUUUCAAGGCCCUCGGACUUUAAAGAUGUACACCAUCAAAGCAGUUCAAGCUAUGACCGCAAAACUUAGCAACUUUUCCUAAAACUUUCUGGAAUAUUUUAAGGUCUUCGUGACAUGUACGUCAACCUUGACGUUACCGUGGCAACCGAGUUUUAACAGCCAUGUUUAGAAAAAUAUGCAAUUUGUUAACGUGAAAAAGCGUUUUAGUUCUAGAUUUCCUGAUUGAAAAGUUUAUUCCGCAUUAGUUUAUGGAAUUAAUUUGAUCCAAGCUUUUCAAGUGCUAAGUUGAGAAAAACUUUAAUUUUGUAUUGAGCAAUUAACAGAUGUUAAGUUCAUCCUACAACAAUGUUCAUUUCUCUUGGAAUUUUGCUACUGUAGAUCUAUUUUGCCCGGUGUGAAUAGGGUUAAAGCUAGCAAGUAAAGUGAAUGUUUCCAGUUCAAUUUACACCCAAAAUAAAUCUAAAAGAGUUUUCCGUAAAAAAAAGCGCCUUGAAAGCCAAAGUGGUGUAAGAUUUUAACCCAUCAAAGUCUAAACCGCCAGUGUGGAUAAACGUCCCUUGUAAGACUUGUACCGCUUGUUCGAGCUUGUGACAUGAUCAGUUUUAAAGGUCACAGACAACUUCGACACUUUUUCAAGGGGAAAAGAUACCGCCGAAUGAGCACCAUUCAGUCAAACAGGCUAGAGGAAAAGGUCGCCCCUUCCCAAACACGUUGUGUCCACAUUAAAAUUCCAGUGAAAUAGAGUAAAAAUCUUGUUCCAGUACCACCCGUAACCCCACCCGUAUUUCCUUGAAAUUAAUUUAGAAGCAUUUCAGCACUUCAAAGCAAUGCUAUAUAUUCGAAUCUCAUUCCUCAAUUUUGUUUUGCGUCCUACUUUAGGAUGUAUUUCCUGACAAUGCAACAGGAAGGAAAAUAUUGUCUCUGGUGAUCAAAUGCCCAAGUGAGGGUUGUUCGUGGACUGGUGAGAUAAGGGACAAAGAGGUAAAAACUAAAACUGUUAUAAAUCAUAUUCAAAGCCAAUGUAGUCGAGUCAGCUGGCGUGGAACACGCACCUCAAGCUAUCAAAAGUAUCAUUCCCUAGUCGAAUGAAACUCAUUUCCUUUCCGGCAUACACCCAUAGCUCUCUAACUUUCGUAGUUUACGGCCUGGUAAACAUCUAUAUUUGCGACGCGUACCGAUGACUGGCAGUGCAGCACGCAUUAUAUUUGGAGAUAUGUUACGAAAGGUGACAAGUGUAAAGGUCAGAUACUUAGCCGGCAGUUAUGGAAUGCUGCAACAAAAAAUAAGAAUUGGAUGAAGUCCAUCUGUCUGCGCCUGUAUCGUUAUAUUUCUGAAGCAUUACUACGCAGAAGACAGAAUAAUUAUAACCUUCAAUACCUUCAGCUACGAAUGAGCAAUAACCAUCGUCGUCUUUCUUCAGUCUAAGGCAGCGUUCCCACUUGGUGCCCGAUUACUGUACUCGCUGGGUACUAACGUGAACACACCCCUUUUUCAAGUACCCAAGCAAGAAUUCGCUCACGGUGCUGGUGCCCUAAUACAAAAGUGGGGGCCCUGUGUGCACACCGUUUUGGUUAGUUCCGGGGCAGUCCACUGCUUUGUCAUCGCUGUUAAGCUCAUGUUUCAAAAUGGCGUCUAAAGGGGCGAAAGUUGAGUAAUUAAGAACACAGUUGCAUAUAGGGUACUCAAAUUGUGAACACACCACCAUUUUGUGCCGCUGCCCAGGCGCUGGUUGCAGCGAACCUAGUGGGGACAGUGCCUAAAACGCCAACCUUGCAAGGGAUAAAAAAGACUGGGGAAACCUUUUAGUCGCCGGCGCUCUUGCAAAUCAGUAAAUUUAGUGUUUUUUUACGGUUUCACCCAGGCAGAGGAAAUAUGACAGUAGCAAACCAAAAGCAAUGAAGAAAACCCCCUACAGAUACAUUCAUAUUCCUAUUUUAAGCGUAUUGAAAAGAUGAGAAAGCAGAAUUGAUCAAUUUAAGUAACACAGACAAUUCAUAAGAAUUCUGAAUUUCAGCCAAUUACAUCGUACAGACAGACAUCGGAUCUAUGACAUUCCGCUCCUAAUUCGACAAUUGACCAUGGUGAAAAAGAUCACUUAAUCAUUCUCUCUCAAAUUAUAAUUCUUUCUAACAGGUGCACCUACAAACGUGCCCUUCCAAAGUUGUCUCCUGUAUCUACGAAAAUUGCAAUAUGAUCAUCAAAAGAAAAGAUCUCGAACAACAUGUGACAAACAUAUGUCAGCGGAGGAUGACCGAGUGUGAAUACUGUAAACAGUCACACCCAAGAUGUUACUUGCAGGUGAGAAUAUAAAUUCAACAAUAGAAAUAGAGUAAUCACAUAAUAAGGAGACAGCGUGGCCGAGCGGUUGGAGAAUUGGACUUGUAAUAGUCCAGUUUUGAGUUCCUAUGACGGCUGAAUAAAGGAAGUGAAGACGCACUUUUUGAAGGCUUUGCCUCUGUCUGAAGUAAAUAUAUUCACAAAUUCCAACGAAGAAGUCCUGUUUAUUAUUUGCCCAUUGUGUAUUCCCCCCCUAUAAAUAAUGAUCGGCCCCUUAAUUGAUUUUUCUAUUCAUUUCAUUAAAUAUAUGAAUUUAUUUUACAUUUCUUUUACAUUUUUACAUUAGGAAGGGACAAAAGUGGAAAAAAAAUUGUUACCCUGACCCUUAACAUUGAACCCUCGACCCUCGACGACAGGAUAGACUCAUCGCUCUGUAAUGCGAGCCACUAACAUUGUUUUGUUUCAUACUGUAAUUACAGAAUCCAAACAAGCCGUCUGCUCACAUCGAAGCUGCAAGCAGAAAAGAAGUGACCUAUCAAGCUAACCAAAGUAUAUUAUUUCAUGCUUUCCAUAAGUCCUCCCAGCCACCUUAAUGCUCAAUUUACCAUCAUAUCGAGUCUGCCAAGGUUCAAAAGCAACAUCGGCCCGAAUUACAAUGCGCUUUAAAUAGUUUUUACCCUGCGAGCAGAUAGUUUUUACCCUGCGAGCAGAGGCCCUUCCAAUCUUCCCGGAUAAGUCGGGAAGGGAUGCUUUGAGAGAAAAAAAGGGGAAAUAGCUUUAUUCAGUAGUCCUUAAAUUGCAGUUAAUGUUUCUGUGUCUAUGUGGUGAUGUUCCUUUACUGCGUCGUUUAAUUUAUAUCAUCGCAUUAAAAAAGAGCAAUCUUAUCCUAUUUUACCCUGCGAACAGAGGCCUUUCGAACUUCCUAGAUAAGUCGGGAAGAGGAAGGUGGGCCGGGUUGAGAUAAACCGGGGAUAAUGCGAAGUCUCAAUUCAGAAUGAAAGUUUAAAAGCAAAUUCAUUUAAUUCUUUUUUCUUGCAAUGUAAUGAUUUAAUGCUCUUUAAAGAAUGGAGAAAAUUAUCCUUCUGAAUAGAAGAAUAAGGACCCCACAUAAAAAUGUAAUCCUCGGUUAGCACCCCCCCCCAAAAAAAAAAAUUGAACAGAGCAGUGUGUUUCAGUGGAAAUCAGCCGUAAUUAACAUCACUCUUACUUUAUCCUCUAGUGAUAAAGGACUGGUCUGUCAGUGCCCCGUACAGCCAUCUUGCAGGCGGUAUGAAGUACGAUGAUGGACAACUGACUGUGCCUACCACUGGACGGUACUAUGUCUACCUGCAGGUCUACCAUCACAGCACUGGAAGGAUUCUUGUGAAGGUGAACAGCAGUGCGAUAACCAUGAUUCAGAUCCCUGUCCCAGGAAAAGGUGACCAUGGUACCGCGCAUGCAGGCGGGAUUUUCAACCUGAAAGCUGGUGACGUCAUCACGAUUACUUCGGAUAGAAAGGACUGCAAAAUUUACAUGUGGAGCGUUCAUACCUACUUUGGCGCGUAUUUGAUUUAA